AUGGCUAUGCCUUGGAUCUACGCCGUCCGCUUCGUGCAGAUCAUCUUCGGCCUGAUCGUGGUCGCUCUGACCGCCUAUGUAAUCAGCACCUUUGCCUACUGGUGGAGUUUCUCCGAUACAGUAAACUUCCUCCUCUUCCUCGGCUGCUGGACAACCUUCGUCGCGACGCCCUACCUGCUCGCUGCGCCAAUCUACUUCCCGCGUCUGGCGCAUCGCUUCGUGAUUCCCGCUGUGGAGGUCAUUACGAUGAUCUUUUGGUUUGCGGGCUUCAUUGCGAUUGCUGCCCAGUUGCCGUCGCCGGCUUAUUGUAAAUGGAGUGGAUGCCGGGCUUUGCAGGCUGUGGCUGUGUUUGGGGCUUUUGAGUGGGUCCUCUUCGUUGUGACGACUUACUUCGCCGUCAUCGAUCUCAAGGAGCGCCGACACAGUGGGGAGAGUGCUCAGAAGACUCAGCAUAAUGCCCAUUUGGGUGUUUAA